UUUGGCUCAACUCCUGAAGAUCCUUAAAAAAUGCAUCCCAAUGCUAUACACAGCUAAACUCAGCCACCUAAAGCAUCCCUGUGAUCAGCAACUGAAGCUAUCCAAAAACUAUAUUUUUGACUUGGCAGAAAGAACCAUAAGGGAAUUGAUCUCUGUGCUUCAGAAGGAUGCAGGAACAAAGAAACAGCAUGAAAGCCAUGGCCUCUUUCCCCAACAGUUGCAUAAGCUUUUGAGCCUCCUUUCCAGUCCAGAGAUUAUUGAUCUACAGGAGGGUAAAUUAAGCUUCCUCAUAGAGGCUCUAAUUUUCCAUUGCAUAUUAUUAGCUGAUUCAUCAAGGACAACGGUUAAGAGGAAGCUGAUCAAACUAUGCUAUGGUCUCCUGAAGCUCAGAAAGAUGAUCACCAUGGAUGUUAGCACAAUGGAGGGCUUUCCUAUGGAAAACCAGUUAGAGGAAAGCAUACAAGAGAAAUGUUGUGCCAUGAGAAAUGAGCUGGAGAAUCUCAAUCAAACAGUGCACAGUGCUAUUCUCUAUCAGAUUAUGGACUGUUUUGCUGAAACCAAAGGGCCUUUGGAGAGGCUGGUAGAAGCUGCCAUGGAACAGUGUUCUCUUGCUAGAAAGGGAAGCUUCUUAAGAGAAUUGCAGCCUCUUAUAACUGUAUUCUUCAACCAUUCUAGUCAGAUGCUCAAAGUGGCGAACUUUGUUCUAGCCACAUGCACUGAAAUUGAAACCAUUCAGGACAUUGAAGAGUGUGUAGGUCAUUUAAGUAGACUUCUUGCUACGGUGCCUACUCUCCUCAGUGAAAUGAGCUGCUUUCCUAGUAAUAACGAUGUGCCUGAAAAAUUAUACUUCCUGUGUCAAAUAUGGUCAAGCACAACUGAAAGUUUGCUGAUCUGUUUGGACAAGGUUAUCGACUUGCGUGAAUUCCUUGAUUUAAUCGUUCAGGAGAUGGUGGGACACAAAGAAAGGAGUGAAAAAGCUUUAGAUAAUCAACACACUGAAGAGUUUUCUUGUCAUGCAUCGAGUCUUUCUCACCAAGCAACACAAGUGGUUGAGUUUACUAGCAGGCAUGUAGACAGAGCCAGAGAUCCCAUUUUCCGGAACGGACUGCUAGUUCUAGUUAAACAACUGGAAUAUGCUAUACGACUGCUGAAGAUUGCCAUAGAUCAAAGCAUGGCAACAAUUACCAGCCUGCAAGCCAAAGAGAUAUAUUCCAAGAGAGCAAAAGAUUUGAUUGAGUGCACUUGCAAUGUCAGAAUGGGACUAGAUGUGUGUAAUCAGCCAGAUAUCCUCAGUCCCCUUCGAGAGGGUGUGAGAAAUUUCAGUAUCGCUGAAGGUUUCCCGAGUUGCUCCACUCCCCAGGAUCCUCCAGACCUCCGUGGACAAAACACCAGAAGUCAAAAUACUAUUGACCAUUCAGAAUUGUUGGAAGAGGUCUCAGACAGUCCUCUUCCGGUCAACUGUUCUUCCUUAAAAAUUCCUAGAGGAAGUGUUUUAUUAUCUAAUGAUACCUCUGGAAGAGCUGAUCUACACCCUUUGAUUGAUGAACUCAUCACAGCAACAAAGACAAAGAACAAAGCUAGGCUGAAUGGUGCUUGCGUGGAUUUGUGGGAGCUUUCCAACUGUUGUGUUGAUGCUGCCAAAGAGGCCUUACAAAUUGACAAGUCGCCUGAGUUGGAGAAACUGUUGCAUUACAGAGAAAUGGUGGAAUUAACCCCUUGUCUUAUCAGCUUAGCCAGAGAGGAAGCACCAGACCCUAUUUCCAGCACAGAGAGACUUCUGCAAAUGGCGACAUUGCUCUCUGAGAGCAUUUUUGAAACCAAGCAACAUCUGACUGUGGUUGCAUACCCUUGGUACAGCCUGACUAAGCAAUUGUUUUGCAUUGCAUCUCCAUGUGAUUUUCCUGACCACACUCACAUGUUAGAUAAUAUCAUGCAGACUUUCGUUAGUCUUGUUCAGCUGGCUGGCAAAGCCUGCCUUCCAGAUGGCGAUAAGGAGCUCCCUGAGUUUCCCGGGCUUCACGAAACUUUUUUGCGAGUGCAAGCUAAAUUAACUUGUGCACAAGCCAGGACGAAACAGUUGCUUGAAAAGGUGCUAUCCGUUAAUAAUGUCCAUUCUGGCAAAGCGAAACUGGAAAAUAUAGAUGGGAAUUGUAUCCUGUGGUCCGUCACCAUUCACGCAUUCUUGAACUCUGUGGAUCAGUUUAUAGGGAGCAAUAUUGUGCCCUUAAGAGAGUUAAAAAUCAAGAUAAAACACCAGCUUUGCUUGCAGAGUGCUUUGGCAGCCUUAUCAGAAAGUUCUCUGAGAAUACAGGAAGCUGCCAGGUUGUCUUUGCUGUUGUGUGCUGAACAGGGUGCUAAGAAUGAGAUUAUAGCACUAAGGGAGGAGAUGAAAAUUCUGACGGAAGCUCUGCUCGAAGUUGCAGGUGCUCUGUCUGCCUCUCCCCUGCCUGCUCCAAAUCUUUCGGUUCAUUUUGAGCUCCUCCAAAGAGAGUUUGCAGUGACAGCUAAAGUCCUUCUGCUUCGACUGGGUGUGGUCAACAGAGAAUAUUUGGACACCAUCCAAUAUGUCAUCAGACUAAAUCAGCCUAUGGCAUGUGAUAAAGAAAGGGACAGUGAUGUCAUGGACAAGGAGGCCUUUGAAAAAAAUUCAGGCCAGCUUAUGGCAAAUGUCCGGAGGGUGAAAAAGAUCAUUGGAGAUGCUUUUGAGAACCUAUCUGAUUUUAUGCUGAAAGAGAGUUUGCUUUCUACCGUCGACCACCUUCUGCUCCUCACUGACGAAGUGAUGGGGAAAGCUGGGAAACUCCAAAGCCAGCUGGAUAAGAAGCACCUCCUGGAGGACAGUAUUCUGUAUGAGUGGUCUGCUAAAGCUGGUUAUCUUGUGACACAGCUUCAGACUGCAAAGGGUAUCAGUGAAUCAUCCCUGGAACUCAUUAGGAGGUGCUUGCAAAACAAUGAAGGGCAUUCUCAUUCAAGUCAGCCUUUCCACAAAACACAGUCUUCUCCACACAAGGAGACAGAGGGCAUCAAGGAUCAGGAUCCAUCCAACUCCAAGGAUCAGGAUCCUCCAACUCCAAGGCACAAAGCUACUAAGAGUGGUCAAGAACCUUUGUGUGCCAGAGACAUUAAUAAAAAGCACUGGGGAGAUCUUCAAAGUGACUGUCAAUCCAGUUGCUCUGAGCACAGCUCAAGAGCCAAUCCUGCUGCCUUGCCGAGAGACCCGGAGAAAUGGUGGCACGACGGCUGCCCAGUUUCACAAGCCACUAGGGAAAUGGCAACUCAGAUGUCUUACAUGGCCCAGUUUCUAAAAAGGAAGGGGCCCAUCGCGACAAAAGAACAGUUAAUUGCAUGUGCUGCACAGAUAAUUUCUGGAGGGCAAGCACUGGUGAAAUUUGCUGGCAUCAUUGCAAAGAAUUGCCUGGACGAAAGAUGUGCAGCUGAACUGCUGUAUGCCAUGGAGCAAACCAAGACAAUUAGCUAUCAACUGAGCAUCAUUUCCAGGGUAAAUGCAUCAACCGGGAGAAGCAGGUCUUCGGCAGAACACCUUGUGAGCAAUGCACAGAACUUAACCCAAGCGGCUUUUUAUAUGUUAAAGGCAGCAGAAGCAGCGUGUGUCAAAGGCUUGCGGCAGACACCACCUAAUUCAGAGGAAGCAGACGUAGCUGCAUUUUGCAGCCAGUGGAGAAAAUGUCUGUGGUGGCACAGGGCCAAGGAGGCUUUAAAUUCCGAGAGAGAUGAGCUGGGACUCCGCAAAACAGGAGCAUGGACUGAACCCACCUUAAUGUCUAUGAUCCAAGAACUAUCAGCUAAACAGUCGUAACUACCACCAGUUUUGCUAAAUGCUUUGAAAACUAUGGAGGGCACAGCAUCUGUUUGGAACUAGGGAGAUGUUAUCUGAAUGGUGAGAAUAAUACACAAUCACCUCCAGGUCUGUAGGGGCCCUUGGCAAACUGCCCUUCCUCGGGUGCUGUAGUCAAGGACAUCUCGAUGGGUUAUCCCUCUCACGUGCUCCAAGGCAGGACUAUGUUAAUCAGCUGAAAAAACAGAAACCUCUAAAGCCUGAGGGGGAUGACCCCACCCAGUUCUUACAGUCCUGUGUUGCUCCAGGUAGAUUUAUUCUCUUCUCCUCAAUCUCUGAUCACCUUUUUUCUGCUAAUAUUAUCCUAAUCUUUAAUCCUCUCAUUUUACCUUACUUUCUAUCUUACCUUCUUUUGCAAAAAAUAAAAAUUAAAAAAAAUCCUGGGAUGCCAGAAUUUUA